AUGACACAUCAGCGCAUACAUAGUGGGGAGAAGCCAUUUUUCUGUGAUAUAUGUAAUAAGUCAUUCAGUCAGCAGAGUGAUCUGAAGAGGCAUCAGCGUAUACACAGUGGCAAGCAACCAUUUUGUUGUGACAAGUGUAAUAAGUCAUUCAGGUGGCAGAGUAGUCUGAUGACACAUCAGCGCAUACAUAGUGGGGAGAAGCCAUUUCUGAAGAGGCAUCAGCGCAUACACAGUGGGGAGCAACCAUUUUGUUGUGACAAAUGUAAUAAGUCAUUCACCCAGCAGAGUAGUCUGAAAACACAUCAGCGCAUGCAUAGUGGGGAGAAACCAUUUUACUGUGAGGUAUGUCACAAGCCAUUCAGUCUGCAGAGUAGUCUGAAGAGACAUCAGCGCAUACAUAGUGGAGAGCGGCCAUUUAUAUGUGAGGUGUGUAAUAAGUCAUUCAAUCGGCAAAGUAGUCUGAAGACACAUCAGCAACUGAUCCUGCUUCAUGGUCCUGGAAUAUAUGUUCCAUUUUGUGUGUCUUCAGCAUAUGAAGUAGUGGGCAGUGCAAGAAUGGAUUUACUAGUUGCGCUUGUCCUCUGA